CGCCCCCUUUAUAGGCGCACUACAUAGGCUAGGACACAAUGGCUUUUCUGCCCUAGAUAGCGCACGAGCUGUCACAGCGAUUUGAGAUUAAACCCCGGUAUUGGUUGAGGCACUCACGUGACUUGAUGUGAUGAUGGCGGAAGUUAGUAGUCGGUCUGGAUGUGCCUUAGCAAUGGCGAAGUUUGCAGUUUUAUUUGUAUUUUCUUUAUUAUGUACCUGCAAGGCACAAGUGCCUUUAAUCAUGUGGACCAGUGAUGGGUACACUUUGCCAACCCGGCUUGAAGCAACAGCUGGUGAGAUUGUCUCCGGUGCGAAGUUGGCGUCCUAUCUGAACUCAGCCUUGACGACUUCGCCACACAACGUGCUGCUGUUUUUACAGGACGAGUUAAGCAUGGAUGAUUUCACAGCAUACGGCGGGGUGUACGGCAACAAGAAAGACAGCGUCUUUGUAAACUUGGAGUCCGCACUGCAGGCCUCCACCCCCAUGGUGCUUCCGGCUCUGGCCUGGACUGCAGCCGAAUCUGUGGUGGAAAUCUUCCGGCAAGAGCUCAGACUUCCUGCAGUCAACAUUGCACCAUCAGAACUCGGCCAGCUUCAGCUGAACACAGCAAAGCCUUCUCUACUGGUCAUCAGGCUCCCAUACACCACUGGUGCCCAAUCAAAAGAGCUUCUUAGGAAAAAUGAUGAGACCAUUGGAUACGUCCUGACUAUACUGCGAGCUCAGAGUGUGCCUUACACCGCUGUUUACACCGGCCUGAGACCUUCUCAUGUAAUUCAGGACACAUCCAUGGCUUGGGACUUAACAGGACGCUCGCUGCUGCAGGCACCAUCGGUACCAGACGUCAAACCUCCAGUGACUUUCAACAGUACUGAAGGAAAGCCUUGUAUUCUGUUCUGGGCUGAUAAACUAAAUAUCAGCUACAACGGGGGAGACUUUUUUGAUUUAGGCUCUCUUACUUUCAAUGGCUCGGUCUCCCUGGAAGGUUCUCUCUGUAAUGAGACCAUUUCCAGACUUGUACUGAAUUAUCAAAACGUUCUGAGUUUCCGCUCCUUCCAGCUUAUCUUCACGAUACGCAAGACCUUCUUCCCUGUUUCGGCUCGUUACUGGGCGGUCAUGGAGCAGGUGGAGCUGAACUACGACGGCCAGACGGCCAUCUUCAACGCCAGCCGUGGAAUCUAUUCUCCUGCCGAGUAUUCCUUCCACUGUCAGAAAGUGAGCAGUGCUCAGAGCCCCCUGCUGGUGCCACGGGAUAUGACCGACAACGCCACCCACUGGAGUGUCCUCUUCACUGACUUCCAGAUCCAGGGCUUCAACGUGACUGGGGAUUUCUCGUACGCCAGCGACUGUGCCAGCUUCUUCACGCCGGGAAUCUGGAUGGGGCUGCUUACUUCUCUGCUCAUGGUUUUCAUCCUCACCUAUGGCCUGCACAUGAUUAUGCAGCUGCGCACCAUGGACCGCUUUGACGAUCCUAAAGGCCCUAGCAUUUCAGUGCCUCAGAACGAGUAAUUCGCAACUAAAGUAUGCCUUCCGGUUUUAUUUUUAUUGUGUUUGUCCUGACCUAGAUUAGAAACCUGUUUUCAUUCCAGAAGUUCCAGAUUGUAGAGCUCGCUCACUAUGCGAGGUGUUCGUCCUGUAGUCAGGACUACAACCUUGUGCUGUUUCAGGUACGGAAUUAGUUUAGCAGUUUGUGGUUUUGCUGACACCUCCCUCCCCCCGCCCAACGAUUUUGUAACAUUUGUUUCACAGUUAUGCAGUUUCCUUAUCAUGUACUUUCCUGAAGAAACAGUACUUCUCCUUAAGUAUUAACACCACUAAUAGACAAAAAAAAAUACAGAUCAGUUGUUUUUAUUCAGCUGUUGCCAUACUGACAUUGAAUGUCUUGUACAAUGCUAAACCUGCUAUGUGUAUUUGAUACAGAUGCGGUACUUGCCAAAAAUGCCAUAUGUACUACUGAAGUGUCCUUGAACAGUUAUAAUUUUAAACAUAUUUUAAUACCAAAGCAAAAACAAAAGCCUGUGGUUUAUUCAUUAAUAUCUAUGAACUGCUGUGCCAUAGGGUUAAUUCUUUCCUAAAUCUCUCACAUUCUCACCCAACAUCCCUGAGUUUAUAGCUGUGUAUGUGACAACAAUAUGUGAAUAAUAGAACCGGUUAGGGUGUGCUGUUAUAGGAAAAUGAAAACAAUGGUAGGAUGCAUUACCACCCCAAAGUUGAUUAUCGUCGUAUAACAUCACAUCCCAAAAUAUUUUAUUCAUUUCAUACCACAACAGUUUGCUAACGGAUUUUUUUUUUUUUACAUUAUUAAAGAAUGGCACAUACUUAAUGGAAACAUUUUCUUUUUUUGUCACUUAGUUAGCACCAGGCUCUCUUUUUUUUUUUUCUUUCUUUCUUUCUUUCAAUUAAUGACAGAAAAAAUAAUGCAGCUGGUCAUGUUUUACAAGACACUGUAAAGUACUCCAUCCUGAACACUUUCCCAUGUCAGAAAGGUUACAGCUUUACCUCUGACUUUUACGUAGUACUGACACUGGAGACUCCUUCCAGAACUGCUAAAUAAAUAUCUAUCAUUCAUUUUACAUUUUUCUUUUUUUAAAAAAAAAUCUGUUUAUAUGGAGCAUCUGCCAUACAAGUCCUUGUGUAAAUUGUUACUAUUGAAACGAUAAUGUAUGACCCAUGCAUUAAUAUAAACCUGUGAUUUGCCUUGCAGCUGACACUACUGUCAGAGCUGCUGUUCUAGAAAAUUAAUCAACGCUGCCGUGUAAACCGCAAUAUUCAACAGUAAAAUACUUUUAAUGUGGAGAUUCAGUGUAAUCUUUCUUGACGUUUAAAUGCCACAGAGGACUGAACUGUUGUCCCAAAUGUUUACACAUUUGUUCUGUUAAAAUGCAGUCCAGUGCUAAGUUACUAGUAAACAUUAUUUUAGUUAUAAAAAUGUAGAAAUUUACGGUAUAUAGUAAUGAAUAAAAUUUUCGGAUUUUAUGUAACUCAUGGAUUUCAUUUUCUUACAAUUAAAUAUGAUCAAGAUUGUUCUUGUCUUAUUUAAAAAAUAAAUAAAUGAACAGGUCAUGCUUAAGAAUAUUCUCAUGGUAACUCCAGAACGCGCUGCCUGCGUCAUUAUCGUCACCGUUGCUGGAUGUGUAAUUGAAAGAAAACUUGGCAAUAAUUUAAAGCUUAUAUGUAUAUGUGUGCCGUUUAAAGUGCUACCAUUAUGUGGACAUGGACAAAAGAAAUAUGCUUAUGAAAUAAAUAUAUUUAUAAAUGA